AUGCUGGGCAUCAAGGCAUUGGUGGCCGUGGUAGCCACCUGCUCACUAACCCACGCUACUCCGCAAGACGUUUACCACAGCAAUGUUGUCCACAGUGAUACGUUCUUUUACGGCCAAAGUCCCCCGGUGUAUCCGACCCCCGAGAUAAGUGGGCUCGGAGACUGGGAUGAGGCUCUCGCCAAAGCACGGGCUAUGGUGGGCAUGAUGACACUAGUCGAGAAGGUCAACCUCACUGGCGGUUAUGAUAAUAGCACCAGUAGUUGCUCUGGUAAAGUCCGCGCCAUUAACCGCCUUGGCUUUCCGGGUAUGUGCUUGCAGGAUGGUCCAGCUGGAGUGAAAGGCGCGGAGGGUGUCAAUGGAUAUCCAGCUGCCUUGCAUAUUGGCGCGAGCUGGAACAAAACCAAUGCAUAUGAACGGGCAAGGGCUAUGGCAGGCGAAUUCAAGAGAAAAGGGGCGACGCUGAGUCUGGGACCUGCGGUAUUAGGGCCACUGGGGAAAAUUCCUCAUGGGGGACGAAACUGGGAAGGCUUCGCUGUCGACCCAUAUCUCAGCGGCAUCCUUGGAGCAGAGUCCGUCAAAGCGACCCAGGAUGAGGGCAUAAUUUCAUGUACGAAGCACUUUGUUGGAAACGAGCAAGAAACACACCGAUUCCAGAACAUAGAUCGCAAGAAUAACCAUACAAUUGAGACAUUGUCGUCCAACAUUGAUGACAAGACCAUGCACGAAUUAUAUAUGUGGGCCUUUGCAGAUGCCAUCCAUGCUGGGACAGCCAGUAUAAUGUGCUCGUACCAGCGUGUGAAUAACAGCUACGCAUGUCACAAUAGCAAGGCCAUGAAUGGUCUUCUCAAGACAGAGUUGGGAUUCCAGGGCUUCGUUCUCAGUGAUUGGGAGGCCCAGAAAGCAGGAGCUUCAAGUGCACUGGCCGGCCUUGACAUGACCAUGCCCUAUGGGGAGACAUAUUGGGGAUCGCAUUUAGUCCAAGCUGUCCACAACGGCUCAAUCCCCGAGUCACACAUUGAUGACAUGGCUACCAGAAUCAUCGCCGCCUGGUACUAUAGCCGACAGGAUGACAGCGACCUCCCACCAGUUGGAGCGGGCUUUCCUGCUGAUCUACUCGCACCACAUGAAUUUGUAAACGCUCGAGACCCGGACGACGAAGCCAUCCUCCUGGACGCGGCCAUCGAAGGCCAUGUCUUGGUGAAAAACAACAGGCACGCUCUUCCGUUGUCAAAGCCGCAGAUGCUCGCCAUUUACGGCUAUGACGCCAGGACACCCGGACGAAACAACCCCGAAAACGGGUUCAGCGACUGGAUGCUAGGGUUCGAAGCACACGAUUACCAGCAAGUCAACUGCGGUGACUUUGGGACCAACCUAGGCCCGUGUCCUCCCUACUUCACCCCCUUCGCAAACGGCACCUUAAUGGGCGGUGGAGGGUCUGGUGCCAUCGCGCCGUUCUACGUCGACAGCCCGCUUGAAGCACUGCAGGCGCGAGCACGCCGCGAGAACACACAGCUUUUCUGGGACGUCGAGACGCGGAAUUCCAACAGCACAGUCCCUGGGGCCGCAGACGCGUGUCUCGUCUUCAUCAACUCCUUUUCCUCCGAGGCCCGCGACCGACUUAGCCUCCGCGACGACUUCUCAGACGCCCUGGUGCUGAAUAUCGCGGCCCAAUGCAGCAAUACCAUUGUCGUUGUCCACACAGCUGGAAUCCGCCUGGUGGACCAGUGGAUCGAGCACCCGAACGUCACCGCUGUAGUUAUAGCCCACCUCCCAGGUCAGGACUCUGGUGAGGCAAUCACACGCAUCCUAUACGGGGACGUCAGUCCUAGUGGGAAGCUGACCUAUACCAUUGCCCGGAAUGAGUCGGACUACGGCGCGCUUCUCAAGCCCGCUACAUCUACCGGCUGGGAUCGAUAUUUCCCGCAAGAUGAUUUCACCGAGGGACCGUAUAUUGACUACCGAGCUUUUGACCGGCGCGGUACCGAGCCACGUUUCGAAUUCGGGUUCGGACUUACAUACACCACCUUUGAGUACUCCAACUUAGAAAUCCGGGCUCUGAACGCGUCGAAUCUAUCCAUUUUCCCUACCGGUCGAAUAAUCCCAGGAGGGCACGCAGACCUGUGGGAUACAGUGGCCGUGGUGACCGCCGACGUGACGAAUACAGGAGACAUCGAAGCUGCGGAAGUCCCCCAGCUCUAUCUCGGUAUUCCUGGCGAGGGCCAGCCACCCAGGCAGCUGCGUGGAUUUGACAAGGCUGUAAUCCGCCCUGGUGAGACGAGGACUUUUGAAUUCGAGCUCCGCCGGCGGGAUCUCAGUGUUUGGGACGUGGCUGCUCAGCAGUGGAGGUUGCUAACUGGGUCUGAGUACGGGGUGUUUGUUGGUGCUAGCUCUAGGCAGUUGAAUCUGAAUGGGACUUUGGUGCUGUGA